CCACGCUCUCAGCCCCUCCUCCGUGAAUAUGGCUGCGGCUUUUGCAAUGCAAGCUGCCUGCUCGAAAAUGUUGUCAACGAUGACCCCCGGUUAGUUUAAUUCUUUGAAGUAUCUAGUUACUGUCUACAGGAGAAAGGCUUGGAGAAGUUGGCAUAGUUUAUUGCCCUUCUUAUAAAAUAAAUGCGUCAAGGGUGCAACAUUUUCGCUAACGUUGCAUGCACCAGCAACAGCCCGCUGGACUGGACUGACUGUCGGGGUUGACGUUGGCAAAGUUCGGCAAUUUGAGAUUCAUCUGUCAGCUGCUUAGGUUCUUCGAUAGCACUUGGAUUUGAUUUCAACUUAACCAUCACACUCUGGCUGAGCUGCGACCAAAGAUAACCGGAUGAAUUGUGCGAAUGAGGUGGUCAGGUGUAACGUUACGGUGAACUAAAUGGGGAUUUUCAACUCAAGAAAAUGGACUUUAAGAGCUCAGGGUUUGAGAUCAUUAGCCAGCAAUAGCCUGGUAGCUUGCUAAUCUGGCUAGCUAACCAACUAACUGUCGAAUCAAGUUGUUAGAAUAUUGAACGUGUCCACUGUGCAAACUAAAUAGCCGUGCACUGGACAAAUAUUUAUGCGCUUCACUUGGUUCUUUUUCUGAGUUGAAUUCUGUGCAGUGAGCUAAGGGAGCUCCUCGGCUAACUGGUUGCUAGCAUGUUUUCGGUGAAGCCACUGAAGCCGACGUUCAAGUCCUAUCUUCCCCCUGUACAGACUGAUCUGAAGAAAAGUCCUCAGCUGACAAUCCGGAAACUUGAGGCCAAACUCCUCCCAGGGGAGAUCGUGGUGAACGAGGCCAACUUUGUGAGAAAGUGCAUCGGCACGGAGAGCAGCCAGGACGACCUCUGGGGGAAGCUGAUAUGCACCAACUUCAAGGUCUCCUUCAUCACCCACAACUCACUGCCCCAGCAGAAUUUCAAGUAUGUCCAUCGUCUCCUGGGGGAACAUGACGUGCCUCUAGCAUGUGUGGAACAGGUGGUCACAGUAAACGAUGCCAAAGGGAAGCAGAAGGUACUGGGCUCGAACAAGAAGCUGAAAUUCAACCCCACAGAGCUGAUCCUCUACUGCAAGGACUUCCGCAUCCUCCGCUUCCGCUUUGACCAGGCCGGCCCAGAGAGCGCCAAGAAGGUGUGUCUGGCCAUCGCACACUACUCCCAGCCUGCUGACCCCCAGCUGCUGUUUGGCUUUGAGUACGCAGGUAGCCGCUACUACAACUCCUCAGGUGAGCGGGUGAAUGGCGUGGACCCUGGAGGAGGGCACCAGACGCCGCUGUUUGACCGCCCGUCUGACUGGGACCGAGAGAUCAAGCGCACUGGAGCCUCCGAGUGGAGGGUGUGCUCCAUCAACGAGGGCUACCUCGUCUCGCCCAGUCUGCCAGAGUGCUUUGUGGUUCCAGCCUCGCUAGCGGAUCAAGAUCUGAAACAGUAUGCAUGUUCUUUUACGGGCCAACGCAUCCCGCUGUGGUGCUGGAGUCACCCCAACGGAAGUGCUUUGGUUCGAAUGUCCAGCAUCAGCGAUCCGCAACAGCAGAGGAAACUGGACCAGAGGAUCAGCAGUGCCAUCACUAAGAGCCACCCACAGCGGUCUGACGUGCUCAAGUCCGACCUGGACAAGCAGCUGCCCAACAUCCAGGAAGUGCAGGCCGCUCUCGCCAAGCUGCGGCAGGUCUGCGUAAUCGAGCCUUUUGAGGAAUCAGAGGAGAAAUGGUUGUCGUCCUUGGAGAGCUCGCGAUGGAUGGACUAUGUCAGGGCUUUUUUAAGACACGCUGUGGAGAUUGUGUACAUGCUGGAGGGAAAACACACUUCUGUCAUUUUGCUCGAGGAGGAGGACCGUGACCUCAGCUGCGUGGUGUCCUGCCUGGUCCAGUUGAUGCUGGACCCCCACUGCCGCAGCCUGCUGGGGUUCCAGGGCCUGGUCCAGCGGGAGUGGGUGAUGGCCGGACACCGCUUCCUCGACCGCUGCAACCACCUCAGGAAGAACGACAAGGAAGAGUCUCCUCUGUUCCUGUUGUUCCUGGACUGCGUGUGGCAGCUGCUGAACCAGUACCCGUCAGCGUUUGAGUUCACCGAGACGUACCUGACGGUGCUCAGCGACAGCGUGUGGAUCCCUGUCUUCAGCACCUUCCUCUUCAACUGCCCCAAACAGAGGGCCGAGCACAGCAGGGACUUUGCCCGCAGUAAGAGCAUCCCUCUUGGGCAGGAGCAGGCCCUCCGCUUCCCCCCUGUGUGGGACUGGUCUCAGCAGUUCAGCCCCAAGGAUCAGACCCUCUUCAACAACCCGCUCUAUGUGGGCAAGAGCGCCACCUAUGUGCAGAACGGGGCAGUGAAGACCUUCAAACGCACCAAGCAGAAGAGCUACAGUUCCACGCUGCGCGGCCUGCCCCUGGCCUUGCGGAAUGGCCAGCUGUCGGACCUGGACACGCUCCCGCGGCGGAACUCCCUGGUCCUGCGCCUGCGUCCGGAGCUCGGCCCUGCGCGCGAGCCGUGCGAGACGCCGUGCGAGCGCUUCGUGCGCGAGCGCUUCUCCCGCGCGGCCGAGCCCCAGGGCCUGCUGCUGCCCCAGCUGCUGCCCUCGCACCUGACCCUGUGGCGCCUCUACUUCCUGCGCUGGGUCCCCGAGGCGCGCAUCCCCCGCGGCGGCCCCGUCACCGCCUUCCACAAGCUCUCGCUGCUCGUCGACGAGAUCCACACGCUCCAGAGCCACCUGCGCCACUACAGCACCUCCAACUCCAGCUUCACCCUGACCUCCACCCCCAGCAGUGGGCUCCCUCCCCCAGCUCCAUCCCCAGCCCCCUCCCCCCUUCCCCCCGGCCCAGGCCUGGCCCUCAGCCCCCCCUCAAACACCCCCCACCGGCCCCAGUCCCUCUCCCGGUCCCCGCCUGACCACCACCAGCAGCGCCAGGGUCGGAUGUAUUUCCGCGCGCCGCUCUCGACCCUCGCAGGCCCCGGCGCGUCCACCCCCACCUCCUCCGCAUGCCCGGCGCCCGACUACCUGAGCUCCUCGUUCCCCUUCUCGCCCGUGGGCAACCUGUGCCGGCGCGGCCUACUGGGCACGCCCCUCAGCAAGCUGCUCAGCGGCGCCCGCAUCUGGCUGUCCACCGAGACGCUGGCCAAUGAGACGCUCUGAACAGGGGGACGCCAAGCCCCGCCUGCUUCCGCCACAGGGCAGGAGGAGAGGAAGAUGGCGGUGGACAGAGGAAGAAGAGGAACAGGAAGUGAGGAAGAAGCAGUGAUUUGGCAACAGGACUUUGGGUGUCUGUGUGUGUGCCUGUGUGUGUGUUCGUGUCUGUGUAUCCAGGCGUGUUUUUGCACAGAAUUAUUGGAAAUGGACUGCCGCUAAGUACGCACCUCCCCUCUUUCCCCCUCCUAAUUCCUUUUGUCCCUGACAUGUGGUGAUGGUGCAGAAUGUCUGAUGUCGUGUGUUUUUCCAGAGGUAUUAUAUUAACAUGACUGGUGAGGAGAUGAGAGGAGCUUGAUGCGCUGUGGGAUCAUUAUGAGGAAUCUGACCUGUGGAACAACACUCCUAUCUCUCUCUCUCUAUCUCUAUCUCUUGCUUAUCUUCAACAGUUAGUUUGACUUCUCCUGACCUGCUGGCAGGGUCUCAUCACAGCUAUUAUUCACCAAACUAACAAACCAAAAUGAUGAACUGUGUGUGUGUGUGUGUGUGUGUGUGUUUGUAUCCCUCACUCUGCCAAGUGGGUUUGUGUGUGUGUGUGUGUGUGAGUGAGCACAGACAUGUGGCUAGCUAGCUAACUAGUGUGGUAUUGGCUGUAGGUGUGUGUGUGUGAGCACAGUAGUGUGUAUAGCUAGCUAGUGUGGUAUUGGCUGUAGGAAGAUAGGAAGCAGGAGACAGGACUCAAGCUGUGUGGUGAACUAUAGGACCCCACCGGGGCUGGCUGGAUCCUGCCUGAUCAUAAAUCCACUUAGGCCAGGACUGCUGAGCAGAUCAGCUGGUUGAUUUGCCAUCACUGUUUCUGUGUGUGCGAGCGUGCUCCCUGCAGGAUAUUAAAAUGUGUGUAACUGUGCGUGUGCUCUGCGGAGCGCCAUUUGGUGUCCUUAAGUGUGUUAACUCAGAGCCUCAUGGACAUAACGCUUAACUCUUUAAUCCCUAUGUCCCUCUCCCCAAGUGACGUGACGUGUGUGUUGACUGUGUGUGUGUUGACUGUGUGUGUGUGUGUGUGUGUGUGUGUGUGUGUGUGUGUGUGGUGGUGGCGCACGGGUGCAGGUGGUUAUGCUGAUGGGAAGUGGUACCCUCAUCAUGGGUAGCGAUUAGCCUGACUAAUGAUGUGUACAGUUUCAUUUGCUUGAAUUUCUAGAUUUAUUUCUUUUUGUUUGUUUGGUUUGUUUUUAGUAUGGUACUUCUUUUCAUCUCUUGUGACUAUGAAGUAAUGUACAUUUAUUUAUGUGUCUCUUGUUUGUUUUUAUUGUACUGCUCAGUAGUGUACCACUAAAGGAAAUGGUUGAGUGUGCAGUGCUUUAAUACUGUCAGGCACGUCUGCUCACCAUUAGAGUUCAUUUGAUUUCUUUUGAUUUUAUAAAGUAUACACAGCACUGAUAUUUAUGUAUGAGUUUUUGGAGAAUUUCAGCAACUGCAAAAAAAAAAAAAAACCCCACACACAAUCAAUCCAAACUAAAGAGAAUAACAGGGACUGUGGGCCUCCGUUGUGCCUUUUUAACCCCAUGCUUAAUGGUCAAUGCAGACCAGGCUUUCAGUGCACCUCCUCCCGCUCUCUAUCCCUCUUGUUUCUCAGUGUCCUUGUCCCGUUCUCUUUGUCAAGGAGGGAAGUAGCAGAGAUGAAGCUGAUGUCUAAGCUGUGACCCUAGGCAGGGGCUGUUGGGACUUGUAGUCUCAUAUGCAUUUCCUUUGUGUGGUGUGCAAAGGAUUGUGGGUAACGAGUUCUGGAAGUGACACUCCAGCAUGAUGGCCAAUAGGCAGAUACCAGGAAGUCAGUGGUGUGAUGGUAGUUAUGGCAACUCUGAUGGGCACUAUGGUAACGGGAGUGGGGUCUUUAUGUAAAGCCAGUUGACUGUCAUAACAUAUUUUAGUGCUAAUAAUAAAAAAAGACUUAACACA